GGAUGUGCUUGAGCAGACAGUGUUGCAUGUUCAAAAUCAGCUUCUUACCCAUCUUGAAUCAAUGAAUCCGCUUCAACACAAGUCCAUGACACAGGGUGAAAUUCAUCAUGUUGUAAAUCCAGAUCCAUACCAUGGAGUUUUUGGUUCCGAUGCCAAUCGUUAUGCCAAAGAUUUGCAAGAUCACAUUGAUUUUGGUACUUCAGGAAAAGUUGCAGGAUUUAUAGCUGAAACAAUUCAGGGAGCUGGAGGAGCAGUUGAAUUGGCGCCUGGAUACUUGAAACUGGUUUAUGACAUUGUACGCAAGGCUGGUGGUGUCUGCAUUGUAGAUGAAGUCCAAACUGGCUUUGGUCGAACAGGAAGCAAUUACUGGGGCUUUGAAACACAGGGCGUCAUUCCUGAUAUAUUUACUAUGGCAAAGGUCAUUACCCAUAAUCUAUUUUAGGAAGACAUGUAAAUC